GGAAAGUAUGGCUCUCACUUUGGUUUGGUUCCUCAGCACCUUUUUUACUCUUGUGCAUUUAACACCAUUGAUCGUACUCGAAGAAGAACAUCUCUUCAAACAGUGGAUGUUUCAGCACAGCAGAGAUUACGACACUGAGGAGUUCUACCAACGGCUCCAGAUAUUCACAGAGAAUAAGAGAAUAAUUGAUCGUCAUAAUGCUGGGAAUCACUCCUUCACAAUGGGCCUGAAUCAGUUCUCAGACAUGACAUUUGAGGAGUUCAGGAAGUUCUUUCUACUGACACAGCCACAGAACUGCUCAGCCACUAAAGGGAGUCGCGUCAGCAGGACUGGUCCUAACCCUGUGUCUGUCGACUGGAGAGUGAAAGGCAACUAUGUGACUCCUGUGAAGAAUCAGGGUCAAUGUGGAAGCUGCUGGACCUUCUCCACCACUGGCUGUUUGGAGUCAGUGAAUGCCAUCGCCACCGGGAAGCUCAUAUCUCUGUCUGAGCAGCAGUUGAUAGACUGUGCCCAAGAUUUCAACAAUCAUGGAUGCCUGGGUGGCCUCCCCAGUCAGGCGUUUGAGUACAUCCGAUACAGUAACGGUCUCAUGGCCGAGGAGGACUAUCCCUACACAGGCCAUGAUGACAUCUGCAAAUUUGACCCUGCACGUGCAGCUGCUUUCGUCCAGGACGUCGUCAACAUAACAAGCUAUGAUGAAGAAACCAUGAUUGAUGUUGUGGCCUGGUUCAACCCUGUGACCUUCAGCUUUGAUGUCACGAGUGAUUUUAUGCACUACAAAGACGGCGUCUACACCAGCACCCAGUGUAAGGACACGCCAGAGUGGGUGAAUCACGCCGUCCUGGCUGUGGGAUACGGCUCUGAGGAGAACAGCACGCCUUAUUGGAUUGUGAAGAACUCUUGGGGCACAGACUGGGGAAAGGACGGAUAUUUUUUGAUCGAGCGAGGACGGAACAUGUGUGGACUGGCUGCUUGCUCCUCCUACCCUGUGUCUUCAGUCUGAGGAAUGAGGGCAACAAAGUGGAGGACUGCAGAUACAACAUUAAUCAAGUUCACGUGAUUGGAAGUUUGUCGAUUGUUAUACUCAUGCGUUUUUGAAUGUUUCCUGAAGAAUUGACGGAAACUUAGGACUCAACACAGAAGAGAAAACUUCACGACAAUUGCAAGAGGACAGAAAUGUGUCAAACUCAGCUGGUCUGUUUCACAAAGAUCAAUCUGAUUUCCACACAACACUGAUAUGACUGCUAGAAAGAGUUGUCAGAGUGGUAACUAUUGACAUUUGUGUUCUCUCUGGGUUACUUUGUACGUCACACACAUUAAAGAUUUGUCCUCUCA